UAUAAGCUCGUUGAACAAUAAAACGGUUAACCAAAUAAGUUGAAAUGACCUUCAUUUCAGCUCAAUACGACUUUGAAAUCAAUCUUUUUCUUUUUUCUUUCCUUACCUUUUUUUUUUUCUCAGUGAAUUCCUUCGUUUGUAUCGUGUGAUUCAUGGUCUUCUUUGUGGAGGUGGCAAAGUUUUUCCAGCCAUGGUCCUCGAUAAUAUCUGAUGGGCUUAAGCUAACUUUCAUUCAACAGUUCUCUUCGCAGCAAAUCCGGAUAACUGCUAGUCUGGGGCUAUCGUCCGCUUGUCUUGGGCUAUCUCACUAGCGGCGAGAUAGCCAGGGCCGAGUCUGUGACUUUUCUGUGGCUAUAUUCUAGAUAAAUAACUUCGUCAACAGGUUGAUAGUUCCAUUCGCGACCUGUACUUUGUAGAGGAUCUUAGCAAAAAGACUCUGCCGUAAAUUUAGGUUCUUCUAGGUUGUAAUACUCUGUCACGACUCGCUUUAAACUGUACGCAAUAUGACCAAAGACCUCAAUCAGUGUAUUGCUAUUCAUGGCGCUCUUGUUCGAUAGAUAAUAAUCAGAAAGGCAGAACUCUAUCAUUCUUAAAUAAGCUGUUCCUUUCCUUUCGUAACCUUUUGCGUUCUUUGUGGAUUUUACGGUUUCGAGCCUGUUGGAGUAAGAGCAAUGUUCUGAAUUAGACUAAACAAGACAAGAUCAAAGAACAAGUUGUUAUGCUGCAUCGAUGGUCUGGUGAAACACCAUUUAUGAUCAACUAUAAGUAGAUAAAGGGAGAAAAACCUUGAAAUACAACGGGCCGUAAGGACUUGACUGAACUUGGCGAUGAUGUGGGAACAUGCAGAAGGGUGUAGAAUGACUGCAAAGCCCUUUUAGCCAGCUGAAAAGCAUCCUGAUGUGAAUGAUGUGGGAACAUGUAAGGGGGUGUUAUGCACUUGUUAAGAGCGUGGAACAAAGGAAAAUAUAACCGUUCUGCGAGAUUUCAAAACCCCCAAACAACCAAGCAUGAAGUACAUGUUUGAGAUGUAUAUUUUGAAUUGGUCCUUAGGUAUUGAAACUUGUUGGCCUUGUGUGCAGUAAUUUCCUUCUGACGUAAAGCAGUAUCAAACCUGAUACAACAGUAGAUAGUUUCAAACCCGAUGAUAAAUAUUAUAAUAUCAGCUCUAUUCAUGAUUACCCAGUUGGAACUGAAAGAUUCUUUCGAAGAAUCUUUCGAUUUCCAAAUUUAUAUUGUUGUCAAUCGAAAAGUCCCCCAUCGCAGCAGAAGCCGGAUUUUCAACUUCUUUUUUAGCUUGUCUCAAAUGUCUAGCAGUACUUUCAUAGCUGAGGCAUUUGGCAAUAUCGUGUUCAGUUUCACUCGAGGUGUAACCGAGCAUUUUAACCCAGAGGAACCUGAAAUUACGGCGCAGAAUUUUACUCCUCUACUAAACAAUGGACGCGAGUGGUUUCACCAAACUGUCGAUGAGGUCAUUUAUCAGCAAUACAGCUACAGAGAAGCCACGACUCAGGACUAUCUGCCUUCCACUGAUAUCCAAGCAAGGCUUUUCGACGCCUCUUCAAUAGAGAACCUAGAAGGAUUAGACAAUCAGACAGAAGAAGAUGAAGCAAUGGCUUGGAAGCGACUCAGGCCGUCCGUUGCUCUUUCAGUUUGUCAAUCAAUGUACAUUGGAGCUUUGAUUUCCCUUUUAACAGCUACCUUUGUAGGUUCUGCGUUCAUACUGACAUCGUACAUAUGUUAUGAGACUGUAAACAACUGCCAGUUCUACCCAAAGAAUUUAAUUCCAAUAAGAGUACAGUGGAUGAGAUCGCUCUCGGAUAUCAUUGCCUGUGCCUUCCUUUACAUUUGGUUCUUGGUCUACUUGCUAUUUCUUUUCCGCCCUUAUCAGUUAAAAGGAGUGAAAAGAAAACUUUUUUUAGUUUGUUGUGUGACGUACUGCUUGGAUUCAGUUUACCGAUUGGGUCUUCAAGUGCUGAAUGUAUCUCAUUCCAGUCUAUCUUCAGUACAGAAAAUUCCUAUAAAUAUUUUGUUCGUCACGAACGAUUGCGUCCAGGCCUAUUUAUUGACUAAACAUUUUCGCCUAACAACGAAUAAACGACGGCUCGUUUUCUUCCUUCAACUGAUAGUACCUGCUUAUUUUUGUUUAUUUCUUGCCAUUCCUGUGGCAUCGUUGGUUUAUCCGGCAUACAAUAAACAAAACGACGAAGGGAAAUUACUGAUCGCCCUAUUUUCUCCUCUCAUUGGAGUCGUACUCAAAGUCAUCUCACGAGUCUUUGUUCAGCGGUUAUACAAUAUUACCCAUCCGGGAUACUCGUAUGUCUUGCUGGCGCCGUUGUAUUGCGCCUCAGCGGUUAUGUUCCGCGUUUUACAAGCGGAACUAGAUAGUUUGAAGUCCAUCGUUAUACUUGGGAUCAUUCACGGCGCUGCAGAGGUCAUGGAAAGAAGCACCAUGGUUGCAAUUGAUCAUCUCUCUCAUACGGUCUUGAAAAGAGGACCAUCUCCUUGGGGAAGCUUUCGCACUCCUCGCCGUGAGAGUCUGAUGGCUGAUGUCGUCAUCAUGAGCAUGUUAUAUGAAUCUAUUGCUAUAGUGUCUGUAAACGGCGUUUUGUACUUGUAUCAAAUGAUUUAUUUGAAAAACGAAACCUUUGUUAACUUACUAAAGUAUUUUGCCAUUUUCACUUCUGUUCCACUGGUCAUCGAGUGUUUUUUCAUCACCCUGUCGAUUAUGAUCGCGACACGCUAUCAGAAUAUGCCUAUUAUGGCAAUAUGGAAAAGACGAUGGAAAAGACAUAUUGUUCUAGCAAUUAUUACAUCAGUAUCGAUAGCUAAUUGGGCCAGCACGAACCUUUUAGGGGUUGUUCAUCAGCGCUUUGCUGAAGAUUCGACAAAUCAGCCUUGUAAAAUGCCGUUUACUUAAGUUGACACAUGAUUACUUCCUUAGCUUCUUCAAAGUAGCGUACUUUGUAGGAUAUUUUGUAGAUACAUUUGUUGUUCUUAUUGUUGUUUUUUUUGUUUUGUUUUUGUUUUUGCCGCUAUUUUUAUAUUCUUGACUGUAUGCUACUUGAACUAGUUAUGUCAAAAGCUUCAUGUUUGAAAACAUAAAGCGAAAUGGGCAAAUCUUUGAGUUCGGUCUUCCAGUAAAGGAAAAGGUUAUCUACUUGUCAUGAUAUUUGAUUGGGUCUUCAUGUAAAACCGUGAUAAUGACUGCCACGCCGUUUAAGUCAGCCAAAAGAGGUUUCAAAAUAAUUUUUGAGAAUAAUGUCAAUCCAACUCGAGGAUUGGAGCUUCUUGUCGCUAAAUAUUGGCACGUACCGUUCCUUAAGGAGUGGUUUUUGUCCAAAUUUACCCCUCAAACAGGAUGUCUAUUUUACCCGUUUGGAUCUGAAAUAGGGUUGUUUUCCACAUUACCUGGACGCGGUGUCAUGAAUGGUGAAUAGAGAACAACGAGCAGAAAUUGUUGAUGUUAUUUAGCAACAGAAAUUGUGACUUAUUAAGCAAAACGCUGUGAAAUUUUUGCUUAUGUAUUAUUUUGCACACGUUCUCAUCCUACCAAUUAAAAGCAGCCGUUAUACAUGUUGUAUUGUCACUUAAAAUUAGCUUGCAGUGAUGGCGAGUUAACGUUAAGAUGCGCACGAUCGUUUAUUCAACCGGCCAUAUUAACUGAUUUGGAGUUAGAGUCGAGAAUAGGAGUGCUCCUUAUUUAUUCACAGUCGCCCAUCCCCUUGGUACAAAUUUCUUU